AUGCAUCGGCAUGGCAGUGCGGAGUCCCUGUUGUUGUCAGUGUUGCCUGUGCGGGAUCGUCAUCAUCAUCACGGGGACACCACUCGUCAGCAAAUGGCGGACGACCCCUGGGUGCCCAUGAGUCCCUGUGACAGGGAAGCUGGGCUCUGUCGCUUGCCUCUUCGGCGCCGGGGCCUAAGUGCCUGCGACACUAAGCCGUUGUCUCUCCAAGACGCCAUCUGGUGUUGGGUCGGACUGGAGCCGCCUUUCCGCCACAAUGAGCCGCCGUCUGGAUGGAAAAAGUCGGCGUCCAAUUCCCAAUUGCCUGACGCCGCCGUGAACCCCGAUGAGAAUCCAGAGGGUACUUCCGAGGCGUCUCCAGAGGCGCCUCUUGUGCCUCAGCCGCCACCGACGCCACCGCCAGUCCUCACGUCAACUGAGCUGCUUUCUCUGGAACAAGAUGGCGGCGACAAGUCGCAAGACCCUUUCCAGAGAGAAUCUCCCAUUCGCACAAUAACCAUGGAAGAGGUGGAAGCCAUGGCAGUGCCGGACAAGGAGGAAGAAGAAGACAUGCCCCUGGCACGCAACAGCACCAUGAAGGACCAGGACUUACCAUCAGAGUACCCGACGAGCGCCACUAUCCUCAGCAGGCGGCCGUCGUCUCUUCAGGACGGUGGCGGUGGUGGUGGCGGCAAAGACACACCUGCCGUGGACCCGACUACGAACUCUGGAAUCGCCAUGGGCCUUAGUGCCAUGUAUGGCAAGCUUUUGGUAGUGCUGGGAUUCGCCUUUCCUUUGUCCGAGGUCAUUUCCUCCCACAUCCCCUACAGCUUUUAUGAGGCAUUCUACCUUUAUUUGUACAUUGGCUGCAUUGUGUUCCUGCUGUUCAUUUAUGGAGAGAUCAUGGUAACCAAGAAGAAGAGCAGAAUGACAGAGAUGAGGAGGGUUGCGGGCUCAACUUACAGCAUGGAGAGCUUUUACAGUGUGGACCCCCAGAGUGUGGUUGACCCAGAGACUGGCAGAGUGUCAUGGCUGGACAAGCCAACUAUUCAGUAUGGGAGCUUCUACCUCCGACUGGGCACAGUUGCUUUUGGUGUGGGCAACAUGAUAUACUCUGGCCUGGAGGUGGGACAGUACUUUGAGUACCAAGAGGACGACCGUUGUUACACCCCACUGUUGGCCAUCACUCCUGCGUUUCGCAUCGUCUUCACCUUCAUCCAAAUGUACUUCAUCUUCCUAAACUCGAAGAUGUUGAUUUCAAGGUUUUCUGUGGUGGCUCGUUUCGGCCUCAUGCACAUGAUUGCCACCAACUUGUGCAUCUGGCUCUAUGUCUUGGUGGAAGAGUCCAAACACGAGCUGCUCCAAGGAGACCAUCAGUCUAGUGCGAAUCACCACGUACCAAAGGUGGACCAUUCUUUUGCGGGGAUCCCUGCAGUGCACCACCCGCAUGAUGAACACCACCAGCACACCAGUGCAGGCAAUGAAUCUGUCCUCGACACCAUCUCGAACCUCAUUUUUGGAGUAGAGGACCCCGUUGGGAAUGGUUCUACACUCUUUCCCGAAUUCCUUGUGGUACAAGCCAAUGCAAGUGCAUCAUCAUCAUCGGCGUCGGAGUACCCACAUUCGACGAAUAACCUGGUACCCACGCCCCUGACCCUGGGUCUCGUGGGCUCUGGGCCCCACACUGUCCACGAAUGCCUCCGCACCAACAUGAUGGGCGAGCUGGUGCAGAACGCGAGUCCCUUCCUGUUCCCCUGCGUCAUCGAGUACAGCCUCAUCUGCGCCGCCGUGCUCUACGUCAUGUGGAAGAAUGUCGAGGAAGCCGGGACAGAUGACGCUCGCAACAACCGCCCGCCGCGCCACCGCUCGGGCAUGCUCCGCAUCUCCUCCAAGCGGUCCCGCCACCACUACUCCAUGGACUGCGCAGGCGCCAAUCGUGGCCUUUUCACGGGCAUCGUGCUCCUCGUGCUCACCGUCAUCUCGCUCAUCCUGUUCUUCGUGCUCAUUGGCCGCGAGGACACUAGAGACGUGGCCGUGUUCGAGGCCAAUGUGUCCGAGUUGGUGCUGUACGCGGCGUCCGCCAUCGCCGCCAUGGCCGGCAUGGUGCGCAUGCGGCGCCUGCGCCACGCCCGGCACCACGACCUCGAGCUCGACUCCAUCCUGCUCAUCAUCGCGCAAACCGGCUUGUUCCUCUACGCCGUUUUCAUCGUCAUCGGCGGCUACUUUGCCCUGGAUGCUGGUCGCCUGGCCACGGGCCUCACGCUCGCCACGGGCCUCCUCAUGCUGGCCCAGUGUGGCCUGCAGACCAUGUUCAUCGUGGACGCGUCGCGGAGGUUUGCCAGGAACUCGGCUCAGGCCCGAGACAAGCCCGGGCGGGAAUUCGUCACGUUCCUCAUCGUGGCCAACUUGGCCAUGUGGGCAGUGAACACUCUGGAGACGAGUCGGGCCAGUGCCCAUCCCGUGCACCUCCAGUUUUUCGGCGAGUGGGCCUGGACCGUCAUUGUGCACGUGUCCAUGCCCUUGGCCAUCUUUUACCGGUUCCACUCGACUGUGUGUCUCUGCGAGGUGUGGACCAAGGCCUACAAGGUGCGGCAUGUGGACCAGCACCACUGAUGAUAUACAGUACUGCACCAGCAAUCCAGCAUAUAUAGGGUAAACAAAACAAAAAAAGAUGAGGGAGGAAAUAAAAUAAAUAAGAAGUAUAGACAGACAAUGAGCAGAUUGAAAAGAAAAAGGACCAUCGUCUCACCUACUCAAUGAAUCAAUCAAUCAAUCAAUAGUCUCUCUGUAUCAAAGCAAAUAAGCCCAGCAGCAAAUAACCUAGCAGGCAUAAAAAGCAGGUGUGAUAUCACUCAUACUGCCAACCUGUAACAUAUGCUUGGCCUAAUACGGGUGACUUUUUUUUUUUAGCUAUGGGUAAUGUAUGCUUGCUAUAUACUGUACAUUACUGUAGCUGCAGAAAAUGAGAAAAAGACACUCAAACCACAGAAAAUUUAAAGACUCUUAUCACAAAUUUUGGAGAGACACAGACAGGAUUUUAAACCACUUAUUUCCCUCAUUUACAAAUUUUUUUUCAUUUACUGGACUUGAAAGUCAUGCAGUCUAUUUCCAAGUUCUGUCAAUAUUUUUUCAUACGUUUUAAACUUUAGAAUUGACAUAUUUUUGGCUGACGCAUGAAGCACAUGACAGAACUAGAGAAUAAUUCUUGAGUGCUGUACCUCAUUCUGUAGAAUUCUUCAUUCACAAGUGAAUUAAUUAUUUUCUUUUUAAGAUUUAUGGAAAAAAACUUCUGAGCACGUGAUUGGCAGCUUACAAUAUCAAACAGACUUUAAAUCCUUUUUUGUCAUCUUCAAUCAUCUGAGGCUCUCUGAAUGGAUUUUGAAGCAUUUUUUUCUCUGGCUGCUUUGUGAAGCAGUGGAAUCGCUGCGUGUGUGUGUCUACUUCGAGUGUCUUUGUCUUAUUUAUUUUUCGGCGAGUCAGAUUCAUUUGCUUUGAUUCGAUGAGGAAUUUUGCGUUUGAAAAAUUUUAUUUCGAUUUUAAAGUACGCGGUAUAUAUUCGGUGAAAUGUAUAAAAAAAGGCAAAGGGUUUUGACGAGAAACAUGUGUUCAAUUGUGAGAUGAUGCUGUUUCGUGCAAGAGUCAAGCGAAGAAAAUUUUACCGGUAGAUUUUCGAAAAAUUAAUUUUGAGUGCAAGAGAGUUAAGAUGAGGGGAAGAGCUUGUUGAAUGUUGAGAGACAAAGAGUGCGGCACUGUAUUGCUUUUGUUAUUGAUGUUCGUGGCCUUGGCGUAUUUUCGUGACUAAUGAGUAGGAAAUACAGAAUACGCGUUUUGCAUAUACAGGAACA